AUGUCGCUUCCUCCGCCCAUCCCGGUCGAUCCGGCCAUGUUAGUGGACCAGCCCCAUCCCGAUUCCGACAUCGACUCCGACUAUGAAUAUGAAUAUCAUCCCACCGAAACUGAGACCGUCUACCUCACCCUUGACCUCACUUCUCUUCACGGCCCACUCCGACCGCCUCGCCGUCGACAACCUUCCGCGACUGCCGCCUCAUCAGCAACAGCCACCAACAUCUCCGACGAGGCCGAUGCCGCUGGGUUCACUCAUGUCGAGUCCCCAUCCGACGACCUACAGAUCCUUGGGCUUCAUACCCCCAAUCCCAUAAUCUCGUACCAGAACCAAAUCUUCAGCGGCACCUGGGCCGACCAACUCGGCACGGACCUGAUCUUUGCUCGUCCAGACGAAGGCAGAAGAGGAGGAGUAGAGGAACAACCAGGGGAGACUGCACCCCACGGCCCGUACGGUAUCCACCGCACAGAUCACCCCGAUACCCCUCUCCGUCACGGACACAACUACGACCUCCUCGCCGCCCCCAGCGUUAAGAUUAUAGGCCGCAAAGCCAAUCUCAUCUCCGCUAGCCAAUCCUCAGCGGCAGCAGCAACAACAACAACAGCAGCAACACCGGGAUCAGAUGAAGGGGUAAACCCUAGCCCUGGACAAUCUGACAAUUCUCCCGCCGGCCUCGCGCCCACCGUAUCAACGACCGGGAUCAUCCGUGCCCCCAACCACCCUGCAAGCAACCAAAUGCGGUUCCUCGAACGUUUGGCCAGUCUGAAGCGGAGCAAGGGGGAGACGGACACGGUGCGGACCGUCUUCAGCACGAAACGGAUUCAGUCGGACCAUGCAUCGUCGCUGGGCGGGCGGGCGCUCGGCUGGGCGCGCACCGACGAACAGCUCGCGGAAAUCCAGCGCUUGAAUGAGCUGGCGUUGCAGGGUGAUGCGGCUGCGAUGGCGGAGCUGGAGGCGCUGUACACCCGGCUGGGUGAGGAUGUUGAGAGGGAGGUGGGGAGCGAUGACGACGACGACGACGACGAUGAGGGCGAUGAUGACGAUAACGGCAAUGAUCAUGAUAUUGAGAUGGGAGACGUGGAGGGAGAGCCGGAGGUUGCGGGUGAGGAUCCCACGCGGGAUCCAAGUCACGACCAGUACCUUGACCCGGAAGAGUUACUCUCGCAGGCUCGUCGAGAUACCCAGCAGUCGCAGCCUUGA